AUGGCGGAGCCGUGGAGAGCCGGCGGGAGCCCCGAGGCCCCCGUGCAGGUGUCUAUCAUUGUGCCUGUUCACAACAGUGAAUGCUGGUUGGAUGAAUGCCUAAAGUCAGUUUGGGAACAAGAUUUUAAAGGAACCAUGGAACUGUCAAUUUUUAAUGAUGCCAGUAAGGAUGGUUCAGCUGAAAUAAUUGAAAAAUGGAAGAUCAAACUGGAAGAAGUUGGAGUUUCAGUAAUCAUUGGGACCAAUGAUUCCUCUCAGCCUCGAGGUGUUGGAUUUGCUAAAAAUCAAGCAGUAAUUCAGAGCUCAGGAACCUAUCUCUGCUUUCUGGAUUCAGAUGAUGUGAUGAUGCCACAGCGGGUUAGGCUGCAGCACGAAGUUGCCAUUCAACACCCAAACAGUAUUAUUGGUUGCCAAGUCAGAAGAGAGCCACUGGACUCUACUGAACGAUACACUCGCUGGAUCAAUAACCUAACCCAGGAACAACUUCUUACACAGGUGUUCACCUCCCAUGGGCCUACUGUGAUCAUGCCAACCUGGUUCUGCUCUCGGGAGUGGUUUUUUCAUGUGGGAAGAUUUGAUGAGGGUGGAAAGGGUGUCCCAGAGGAUUUGUUGUUUUUUUAUGAACAUCUCCAGAAGGGUGGUGGAGUGUUUCGAGUGAACCGUUGCCUCCUGCUCUACCGGUACCAUCCCCAGGCUGCAACCCACUCUGUCCUAGAGGAAACCAUCUGGAGCCACCGAGUCAGGUUUCUUGAGGACAGAGUCCUGAGCUCCUGGACAUCAUUCACCAUUUGGAAUGCUGGCAAGCAAGGCAAGAAGCUCUACAGAAGCUUGUCACCAGCUAAUCAGAAAAAGGUAACUGCAUUUUGUGAUGUCGAUGAAAAGAAAAUAACAAAAGGAUUCUACACUUAUGAGGAAUCUGAGGAGAGACCAAAACCAAAAAUUCCUGUGUGCCACUUCAGGGAUGCGACUCCACCCUUCGUGAUCUGUGUGAAGUUGGACUUGACAGGUGGAGCCUUUGAAACAAACCUGGACACGCUGAACCUGAAGGAAGGGAUGGAUUAUUAUCACUUCAACUAA